AUGGUCACUAAAUUGUACGGAAGACAGCAUGGGGCAAUUGGCUCGCGACCGCGCGUGACACAAGACACGGAUGAUGUAAAAGAUGCCGAGGCCUUUCGAACCAUGUGUUUGCAGGAGAUUUCUGCUAAGAUCGAGAAGAUCAACGACCCCUUGCUUCAAGACUCUCAGAUAAGGGACCUUAACGACGAAUUGAACAAGCUCAUGCGGGAGCGGCGCGCAUGGGACCACCGUGUGAAGGAACUUGGAGGGCCUGAUUACCUCAGUACAUCUGCUGUAGCCGAUGGCUCUGUUAUGGUGAACAAUUACCGAUAUUUUGGUAGAGCGAAACAGCUACCGGAGGUGGAACGAUUGCUUAAGACUAGAGAACAAGAUAGCAAGUCUGCGUCUUUUGGAAAUGCAAUAGAGAGAUUUUUGCGGCUAAAUCAGACAGAUCUGGGGCCGGCCUACUACGGAUACGAGGAUGAGGACGAGUUGGACUUGCGUAUUCCCGAUGACAGGGCCCACGAUAUUCCAGAGAAGUGCUCUUUGCUGGAAUUUGAGCACAAGCGAACUGCGGAGCUGCAAACUAGCUGCUUCGAGAAAAACCCUCUGUUUGACUUGCCUCCGCUCCCCACCGAGCAAGAAUACCAAGACGCCGUGGUGGCACUUAGAAAGCAGCAGUUGCUGGAGAGACUGAAAAAUCGGUAA